AUGCAUGGCAUUAACGAACCCCAACAACGCAAACACGCAUGUACACACUGCCGAAACCAGAAGAUCCGAUGUGAGGGAGGCCAUCCAUGUAGAGAGUGUUUUCGACGCGGAAGAAAGUGCUCGCUGAGCGGGCAGAACGAAGUACAACCCGCUGACUCUACUGAUACCGGGCCGCGAAUAUCGUGGCAACGUACCGGUAGCCCCCAACUGCCGACCAACCGCUCAGCAAAAGAGAGCCAUUAUCUAAAUCUUUACUGGGAAUUAUUCCAUCCCCACUGGUCAUUCAUCCACCGGAGCUCGUUUAGCGACUACGAGACGCCCCUACUUGUCCAGUCAAUGGUUGUUCUUGGGCUGUGGGUGAGCCAGGAACCCAACACAGAAGCAAAGGCAAUUGAACUGCAUAAGCUUCUUGGCUCAGCUAUUCGUGACCAGACAGUAGGUGCCCAAUUCCUGUUUAUCAAGAACCUGGUACUGAUUAUGGAACAGGAUGUAUGGGAUGCCUCCAAAUCAGAGCAGGCAUGCAACACCUGCGCCUGGCCGAUCCCGACCUACCAGGCAAUGUUAUUGCAUAUUAUCUUCGCCGGACUAGUCAAGUCUUGUGGUGUCCUUGGGCUGGAUCUGAAGCCUCGUCUCUCUCCAGACGAUUCCAAUCUUCUUACUCGGCUUGUCACCAGUUGUAAGAAGAUGGGAAUGCUAUAUUACCCGAACAUGCUGUCUCGGUGCUCGCAUAGUGAUAUAGGCACGUUUAACUGGGUCUCCGUUGAGGAGGUCAAGCACUUCAACCUGGCGCUGUUCAAGGUGUGCAGAACAUUCAGCAAAUCACUCAAGGACCGCAGCGGUAUAAACAGUUUGAACACAGGAGGGUCUACGAGCUUGUGUGUUGAGCCACGCGACUUGGAAUUCCCGCUGCCAACAGAUCUCCAACUAUGGAACGCAAAAGGCAAAGAGGAAUGGCUGGCAGUUGGUGCAGAGAAAAUGGAGGGCCCUGGUUUAAACGAUGCUCUGGAGUCGGAAUGGAUUUCAAAUUCAGCACGGGUCUUGGAGGGUAUUGGUAUUUGA